AUGAAUGCAUCGUCCCGGAACACUAUUAUAGUUAUUACCAUUGUGAUCGAGGAAAAGGAGAACAACAGCGGUCCGUUUCACUAUCAGGCAGAGUGCGAGCAAAAGUCCGCCCACUCCAGACGCUGCAUCUCCAGCCACUGCCUGAUAUGCGCCCAGAAACACGCCGACCCCACCCAGCGGCGACCCUCCCGCGCCAGGGAGGACAUCGAGGCCGACUUCAACAGAAUGGCAAGCGAGUACGACGAGUUCGACGACAGCCUGCAUCCCUUCACCGAGACUCUGGAGCGGUUCAAGCGGUGCGAGAAGCGAUUCCUGGCGAUGAGCCCUUCGUCUCGGAGGCGCCGGCGGGAAUCCAGCAUUGCUCUGCGUGAUGCGGAGGACACACUCUUUGAUCGAGCGACAGAUGUGAUGAUGACAUACAUACAGCUGAAAAAAGAAGAACGCGCCCAGAGAAUACUGGAGAGGCUGCUCCCUCAUGAGCCGAAGGCACCCAAGGGAUACAAGGCAAAGAGGAACUUUGGCCAAGUGGACAUCCUAGAGCCUGGAGAGAAGGAGUGGAAGCCUUAUGGUGCAGGGCUGGCAUACUGGUCUUUCGAGCCCGAGGAGGAGCUGGAUUCUCUCGAAUCUUCUGAAUAUCAUUCUGAAACUUCCUUAUCUGAUUCCGAAUUGGAAUUCCUCAAUCAACGGGUCGGUGGCAGAACUUUCGUAGGGGAGAAAAACAAGCGAUAA